GCCUCUGCAGCGACGACGUGAGCACCUGUGACGGCGACAGCGCUUGUGGCGAGGCGAGCGUGGCCGGCGAGGACCGGGUCUUCCGCUUCUUCCUCCCUCCUUGGGUCCUGGGGGCGCGUCCCUUCGCCUUCGCCAAGCUUCGGCCGAGCGCCGGCGCUCGGCCGAGCGUUCGGAGCGUGAGCGGCGUGAGCCUGGGCCUCUUGAGGAGGGUGCGGAAGCCAAGGCCCGUCACGACGUCGCCAAAAGCCGCGGCCGCGACGACUCCAGCGGCGCCUGCUUUGGCGCCGGGUCUGGCGCUGCCGCUGUGGCAGACGGCGCUGGCUGGGGGCGCGGCGUGCGUGGGGCACCGAGCCACCUGCGCCACGCUGGAGGAGCUUCUCGCGCAAAGGACGGGGGGGGGGGAAGAGUUCUGCAAGGGCGAGAGGCUGUCCAAAGCCCUUGAUGAAACCAAGGGUUAA